AUGACCAGAGCUCUGCAAGACAGACUAGCACUGGCCAAUGUCAAGAUCAAGCAUGGCUGGGAGAACCUCAGUAUCGAUACCAUCGAGCCGCACAUCGACCAACAACUCAAGCGUAAACGAACUGCCUCGAGCAUCAACGACAGCUACUCGGACACCUCAUCUAGCGUCUCAAGCCGCUUCCACUCCAUUGGUGGCAUGGCCUCAUCGCCCUUGACUGCCCCCAUCUUCUCCGACGACAUGCCUCGGCUAGGCAGCUCUCACAGCAGUGUCCAUGGCAGCACCCACAGCAGCAAACGCCCGAGGUUCGCCGACGUCCACAGAUAUCCUGCAUCGAGCAGUCAGACUGGUCGCAAGACCCGUAGCGCUCUCGCUGUCCAGUCAUGGAAGAGAUCACACAGACUGCCAGAGUCGUCUCCAGCCUACCACAACAGAACCGCCGUCUUUCCUUCAACCCUUCACGUUCCGAAGCUGUCUUUCAUAUCCGAAGGCUCUAGCCUCAUCGACGACGCUCCCUCGCCUGAACUCUCCGAAGACGACGACACCGAUCUUCCCGUACACUCUUUCAAUGUCGAUAGCGACCUCUACAACAUUCGGUCAUCACCCNCCAAGACGCCACCUCCUCAACACCGCUUCUCGCGCACAUCCAAAGACGAUGAUUCUGGAAUGAUUGGACUAUACAACUCACCUACUCCGGCGAACGGUAUCAACAGUGCCCGGGUCCUUGCUCCGUCCACGCCUCCAUCCAAAACGACCCCACUACCGUCGACGAUGAUGCACACGCCCGGAGNNGGGAGCAACGGUCUCUUUGGGUUCGCGCUGAGCACUCCUUCCAACAACUUCAAUUUCUCCGACUUCUGCAACGUUACACCAAGUCCUGCCCAAGUGAAUUGGGCGUCUAACAAAAGUCCUCUAUCGGCACGAGAGCCACAUCGAAAACUCAACUUUGAUGGCCUACUGCAACCAGGAUCCAGUCCUGAAGUAACAAGGCACACGAGCGGUAGCACCUUGGAACUCGGAGCCCUUCUCCAAUGA